AUGCGCCGCUGGCAGCCCGAACUGGCCGAGAACCACACUCCAACGGGCUGGAAAAUGGCAGCAAACAACAGCCACCCAACAAACGGACACCAGAUCCCAGUGACAAUCGAAGCGAACCAGUUCAACCAGAUCAAAAACCAGAUAAUCGCAACCAAGCAACUCUCUCGCAACCUAUCCCUGUCAGACAGCAAUCUCAGCCUCACAAAUCAGCAACAGAACCACUCCGAAGCUCCAUCAUCCUCAUCAGCAGCAGGCGCAACAGUAGCACUAAACUACAACAGCUUCAUCGAGCCAGUAACAGCACUCAGGAAUACCAUCGCGGCUCAUGAACAACAUUCAAUCGUACCCAUCCCAGCCUACUCUCAACCGAGGAACUGGUGCCUACCGAGCUUGCUGCCGACUGGCUUAGACCCUUACACCUUGAAACAUCAGAGGGAUAAGCUCAUCGAAACCAAGAUCAAAUGGAGACUCAACGAACUCGAAUCCUUUACUGCCAACCUACCCGACCAUUCAACCAUCAACCCUCAGGAAGGUGCAGAACAGAGUCAUCAAGACCCUCUUGCCUCAUCUUCCUCCACAACCGACUUCAGCAAUCAAAAGUUACGAGCCCUGAUCGAAAUCAAAUCGUUGAGGCUACUACAGAAGCAGAAAGACUUGAGAGAGGAGAUGAUGACCGGAAUCAACCAAGCCACCAAGCUGAACCUUGUAAUCGAUCGAACCGCAGUCAAACGCCCCAAGAAACUCUUCCUCAGGGAUGCCCGAUAUACUGAAACAAUCGAACGAAGACAGAAGUUGGACCGAGAACAAAAACUGAAGCAGAAACAUCUCGACCAUAUCUCAUCGAUCCAGUCCCAUUCGAACAGAUUCAAAUCUGCACACUACGAGUCCAAAGAACUUCUGUCGAGAUUCGGUAAAUCGGUGUCCAAGUUUCAUGUUGAAGCCGAAAAGGAAGAACAGCGAAGGAUCGAACGACUGAGCAAGGAGCGGUUGAAAGCCCUCAAGGCCGACGAUGAGGAGGCCUACUUGAAACUGAUCGAUACCGCCAAGGAUACUCGAAUCACCCAUCUCUUAAGGCAGACCGAUCAAUACCUCGAAAACCUCAGUCAUGCCGUCCUCCAGCAACAGAACGAUGCAGUCCACAGGGAUGGCCAGAUCCAUGUCGACCAAGACCAAACUGGGGCUGCCAUCGAUGAGAGUGCGUUUGGCGCUGCGCCCGUCUUCGAUGAUGAUAGGGCUGCCGCAAACCAAGUCGCAACCUCUACUGAAGGCAGCAAGGCCGACUAUUAUAACGUUGCUCAUCGCAUCAAGGAGGAGGUCACCAAACAAAGCUCUCUCCUCACCGGCGGUCAAUUGAAAGAGUAUCAAAUUAAAGGUCUUCAAUGGAUGGUCUCACUCUAUAACAAUCGACUCAACGGAAUUCUUGCCGACGAGAUGGGUCUCGGAAAGACGAUCCAAACGAUUUCACUGAUCACCUGGUUGAUGGAAAACAAGAAACAACCCGGUCCUUACCUCGUGAUCGUCCCCCUAUCAACCCUACCCAACUGGACACUGGAAUUCGAAAAGUGGGCUCCAACUGUCAAGGUGGUUGUCUACAAGGGCUCGCCCAACGUUCGAAAACAACUUCAGGCCCAGAUCCGUCAGGGUCAAUUUGAGGUCUUGUUGACUACCUAUGAAUAUAUCAUCAAAGAUCGACCCAUGCUUUGUAAGAUCAAAUGGGUGCACAUGAUCAUCGACGAGGGACAUCGAAUGAAAAACUCACAAUCGAAGCUCUCGCUGACCUUAACGACGCACUACCAAUCGCGUUAUCGAUUGAUCCUCACGGGUACACCGCUCCAAAACAAUCUACCUGAACUGUGGGCGCUGUUAAACUUUGUUCUACCCAGGGUGUUCAAUUCAGUUAAGUCAUUCGAUGAAUGGUUUAAUACUCCCUUCGCCAACACCGGCGGUCAAGAUAAGAUCGAACUGAACGAAGAAGAGGCCAUCCUAGUCAUUCGUCGGUUGCACAAGGUUUUACGGCCCUUCUUGUUGCGUCGAUUGAAGAAAGAUGUCGAGAGUGAACUACCGGACAAGGUUGAGAGAGUGAUCAAGUGCAAGAUGUCCGGCCUACAAUUGAAACUGACUAAUCAGAUGAAAGUUCACAAAAUGAUCUGGACGGAUGUCGAUAAUGCUACCAAUACGGCAAAGGGAAGCAGUGGGACGGGUGGAGUCAUGAGAGGUUUACAGAACGUGAUCAUGCAGCUCAAGAAAAUUUGCAACCAUCCGUUCACAUUCGAGGAAGUCGAGAGGACCAUCAACGGCCCUGAUAAACCGACCAACGACACACUCUGGCGAGCUGCAGGGAAAUUUGAGCUGUUGGAUCGAGUAUUGCCAAAGUUGUUCAGGACUGGACAUCGAGUCUUGAUGUUUUUCCAAAUGACUCAAGUCAUGGAUAUCUUUCAAGAUUACUGCUCUUAUCGCGGGAUUAGAAACCUUCGGCUGGAUGGAAUGACCAAGCCCGAAGAACGAGCUGAAUUAUUGAAGACCUUCAAUCACCCCGAAUGCGGUAUCGACCUGUUUAUCCUCUCGACCCGAGCUGGAGGCUUAGGAUUGAAUCUUCAAACGGCCGAUACGGUGAUCAUCUUCGAUUCCGACUGGAACCCCCAUCAAGAUCUCCAAGCCCAAGAUCGAGCGCAUCGGAUUGGACAAAAGAAAGAAGUCCGGGUCUUGAGACUUAUCACCAGUAAGAGUGUCGAAGAACAUAUCAUGAGUAAAGCUCAAUUCAAGUUGGAUAUGGACAAAAAAGUCAUUCAAGCUGGUCGUUUCGAUCAUAAAAGUUCUGCCGAAGAACGAGAGACGUUCUUGAGAGAGUUGUUGGAAGAUGAUGAUAAUGAAGAAGAGGGCGAUAAUGAACUCGGGGACGAAGAGUUGAAUGAAAUGCUGAAAAGAUCGGACGAAGAGUUUGAAAUAUUCACGGAAAUGGAUCGCGAGCGAGCAGCUGAAGCGGCUCAACAGUGGAGCAUGACGCCUGAGGGACAGGCUGGCAAGCCACUACCAGAAAGGCUGAUGACCGUUGAGGAGUUGCCCACUGUAUAUUCCAAAGACAUAGCCCCUAUCGUGUUUGAUCCGAAUGCCGCCGAGGAGGAAGAAGAAGGCGGGGGCAGGAAAGCCCGAAACCGAAAUGCAGUACAUUACGACGAUGGAUUAACGGAAGAACAGUUCUUAGAGGCCGUAGAAAAUGAAGAAGAUUUGACGGAAGUGAUUGCGAAGAAGAGAGGAAAGCGCGCGAUGAGACAGGCCAACAAGAUGAAGAAACGGGGCGCCAACGAGAGUGGGGACGAAGACCCGGAAGAGGAAGAGGAGGAUGAAGACGAAGAGGAUGACGAUUUCGUCGGGAAUGGAAGAGGAAACGGUCGGACGAGCAAAUUGAGUCGCGCGAAUUCUUCGACUAAUCAUUUCAGUCAUUCUCCCGAACCUAAUCGUAAACGUAAAAGAAUCCUCGGCGGUAGUCAAGUCGGAAUCGACGACUCUGUUGAUGGCGAUUCAGAGCGCGGCAUCCGAAAGCCGCUUUCGAAUAAGAAGAGGAAAAAUAACGCACAUGGAAAUGGCGAAGAUGAUGCGUUACUGAACUCGUACCGAAAGGUCAUGAGAGAAUGUUACGAUGCAUUGAUGAAACCAAUCGCACCUGAUUCGGGUGAACGAAGGAUCAACUUGUUUAUGGAUUUAGUCAAUCGUAAACAAUUCGUAGACUAUUAUCAAAUCAUCAAGAAACCUAUCUCAAUGCGACAAAUCAAUAAACAUAUCACAUCCAAAUAUAAAACCUUAAAACAAUUCAAGGAUGAUGUAUAUUUGAUGUUGAACAAUGCGAGAAUUUACAACGAAACGGGAUCUUAUGUUUAUCUCCAAGCGGAUGCAUUGCAAGAUUAUUUCGACCAUGUCUUUCAAUGUUUGGUGGACGAAAAUGGAAAACCUAGAGAUGAGCCACUCCCCCAACGGCCUCCGAAUCCUGACGGCGACUCUCAGGACUCAUCUUCCGGCUCGGAGUCCAACCAUGAUGAUCAAACUAUAGAACAACAGCCACUCCCACAACACCACCUACCACCUCAACAUCAACAUCAACAGCAACAAAGCCAACAGCACCUCGCACAACAGCAGCAACUCGCACAGCUCCAUCAGCAACAGUUACAGCAACAGAUGCACCAUCAAAUGCAUCAUCAAAUGCAGCAACAGAUGCAUCAACACCAACAUCCAGGACAAUAUUGA